AUGGAAAGUGGUGCCAAGCCCUUCGCACAUUUCGGGCGCCAAGAUUUUAGCGUGGUUUUCUUGUUCCUUCCCAAAGUCGCAAACUUCCUGCGACGACGAAUAGUCACAGCUUCAACCACAAAUUCCACCAAGACAAACUCGCGUUGUGCACGAUCUCCCGAAGAGCGCCUGAGACUCGUGACAAUGCUUAUCCCAAAGGCUGACCGCAAGAAGAUCCACGAGUACCUCUUCCGAGAAGGUGUACUCGUGGCCAAGAAGGACUACAACCUUCCCAAGCACCAGGAUCUCGAUGUCAAGAACCUCUUCGUCGUCAAGGCCUGCCAAUCCUUAACCUCUCGAGGCUACCUCAAGACCCAAUUCUCCUGGCAAUACUACUACUAUACCCUCACACCCGAGGGCCUCGACUACCUUCGAGAAUGGCUCCAUCUCCCAGCUGAAAUCGUCCCAGCAACCCAUAUCAAGCAGCAGCGAAACCCAACCCACGUCCCACGAGGCAUGAUGGGUGGAGACGACCGAGGUCCACGAGGCCGAGGCGGUCCACGAAGAGAUCGAGAGGAAGGUGGUUACCGACGACGAGAUGCUGGUGAAGGUGGAAAGGAGGGUGAUGCUCCAGGUGGAUACCAACCACAAUUCCGUGGUGGAUUUGGAAGAGGCCGAGGACGAGGUGGUGAUGCUCCUGCUGCAUCUUAG